AUUUCCCCCUCUUUCUUAGUCUCUGAAUUAAUUAAUCUGACUUCUGUCUUUACAGUUCCUAUUCUGGAAAUUUCAUAUGAAUGGAAUCAUAUGAUUUGUGACCUUUUGCAUCUAGCUCCCUUCACUUAUUGGAAUGGUUUCAAGGUCCGUCCACAUGGUAGCAUGAAUCAUUGUGUGGAUAGACAACAUUUCAUUUAUCCAGUCAUCAGGUUGAUGGAUAUUUGGUUUGUUUCUACCUUUUGGCUUUUCUGAAUAACACUGCUGGGAACAGUUUUAUACAGGUUCUUGUGUGGAGAUAUGUCUUCAGUUCUUGCUAUAUCAUAUGAUAACUUCAUGUUUAAUAUUUUAAUAUUUUAAGGCACUUUCAAACUGUUUCCCAAAGUGACUAUAUUAAUUUUACAGUAGCACCAGCAGUAUAUGAGAUUUCCAAUUUAUCCAUAUCCUUGCCAACAUUUGUUAUUAUUCGUUGUAUUAAUUUUAGACAUCUUAGUGGAUACGAAGUGGUAUCCGUGUUUUGCUUUGCUUUUUCCUGAUACUAGUGAUGUUGAGCAUCUUUUCAUCCACAUAUUGGCCAUUGGUAUAUGUUCCUUGGAUAAAUGUGUAUUCAAAUCCUUUCCCCAUUUUCAACUCAGUAAUUUGUUUUUGUUUCUGUUAUUGAGUUGAAAGCUUUAUUUUCUAUAGAUACAAGUUCCUUAUCAGUAUAUGAUUUGUUGAACAUUUUUCUCCCAUUUUGUGAGUCGUGUUUUCACUCUCUUGAUGGCAUGUUUGGCAGCAAAAAAGAUUUUUCAGAAGUACAAUUCAUAUUUUUCUUUUGUCAUCUGUGCUUUUGUUAUUAUAUCUAAGAAAGUUUUGAUUAAUCCAAGGUUGCAAAAAUUUAUUCCUAUCUUUCUUCUAAGAAUUUUGUGGUUUACUUCAUACAUUGGGUCCGUGGUUCAUUUUUGAGUUAAUUUGUAUAUAUCGUUUGAAGUAGAGGGCCAACUUCAUUCUUUUGCAUGUGGUUGUCUGGUUGUCUUAGCACCAUUGUUGAAAAGACUAUUCUCUCCCCCUUUAAACUGUCCUGACACCCUUGCAGAAAAUCAGUUCACCAUAAAUGGUUUAUUUCUGGACUCCCAAUUCUGUUGCAUUGAUAUGUGUAUACAUAGUGCCAGUGCCACAUUGUCUUGACUACUGUAGUUUUGUGGUAACUUUUGAAAUCAGAAAGAUUGAAUACUCCUAUGUUGCUCUUUCUUACAAGAUUGUUUUAGCUAUUCUGUGCCCCUUGCAUCUCCAUAUAAAUUUUAGGAUUCAUUCAUCAAUUUCUACAAAAAAAUCCAACUGGAAUUUUGAUAGGGAUUUUGUUGAGUCUGUAUAUUACUUUGGGGAGUAGUGUCAUCUUAAUAAUACUCAGUCUUCUGAUCCAUGAGCAUGGAGUGUGUUUACAUUUAUUUAGGACUUUAAUUUCUUUCAACAAUAUUUUUUACGUUUCAGUGUAUAAGUCCAGUACUUCUUUUGUUAAAUUUAAUCCUAGGUAUUUUAUCUUUUAUGAUGCUAUUGUAAAUUAAAUUGUUUUCUUAGUUUCAUUUUCAUAUUGUUCAUAGUUAGUGUACAGAAGUACAAUUUAUUUUUUGUAUAUUGGUGUUAUAUCUUGCCGUAUAACUGACUGUGCAUGUGUGUGUGGGUGUGGGUGUGGGCGUGUAUUUUAGAUAGAGAAGUUGCUGAGAAGGUUUGUUACAAAUAAUAAUCAUGGCCUAUUGGGUAAUAGCAGUGGAGAAAAGUCAUUUGUAUUGUUGAAUGGUAAUUCAUUGUAUGGAUAUAACCACUCCAGCCACUCAUCCCCCUGUAAUGAGUGCAGAAUUUGUAAUGUAUUUGUACAAAUUGUUUGGGUCCCAAUGAACUCACUGUCUAACUUGAGGAUAAAGAAAUUAUAAGUGCCUGAAACUAAGAAUUAUAAUUAAAAAACAUGCAGUAAAAAGUGAAAGCAAUAUCCUCUCCAAUUCUUUGAUGUCUUACUCUAGUUUCUCUGAAUUCCUUCACAUUUUGCUUUAGUAAAAGCAAAAGUUAAUGAGAGGACAGUCUUCUUAGUCAGCUGAAAGCUAUUUUAGAUGCAGUUACCCUUCCCAUUCUAACUUCCCCUGUAACUGCUCCCUCUUUAGAUGCCAUAUGAUAGACAUUAAUCCUACUAUAGAGAAGUAGUAUGGCAUAGAAGUUAAGGGUGUGAGAUCUGGAAUCAGACUGCCUAGGUUUAAAUUCCAUUUAUCCUAUAUAUUCGCUGUUUGACAUAAGGUAAAUUACCUUUACCUCCCUUGGCCUCAGGUGCCCCAUGCAAAAAUAAGGAUGAUUUUAGUGCUUUACUUGGAGGAUUUUUAUUGUAUGUAUAAAGUACUUAGAAUUAUACAGUGUUAAUAAGCAAUAAAUGCUACCAUGUCAUUAAUAUUACUUGUCAGUCAGUUGGCACAUUAGGAGACAGGCAUAGCUAUCCAUCCUCAGCCUGUGAAGAUCUUAAAAUAAGCAAAGACUCUCAUUUUAGGCUUGGGGUAUCUGUAUUCUCUUGACCUAUUGGGGGGGCGGUCCUAAGAGAUAUUCUUUUAAAAAAUUGGAGACAUCAAGAGGAAAGUGCUCAGAGGAGAUAGUGAAGAAUACCAAGAAAGCAGGUAAGAUAAGUAGGAAAGAGAAGAAAUUUAGAAAGAGAAGAAACCAAGGAAGCCAGGGAGAAGAAAGUAGGUGGUUGGUGACAGGGAAUAUAACAAGAAUGAAGUUCAUAAAAGUAGGGGAGAGAGAGUGGGAGAGAUAUGGAGAGGGAUGGAGGGAAGGGGGAGAGAGAGCCCUUAUAAUACUGAGCUAAGAGCUUUAUUGAAGUUUAACAGAAAAGAAAUCCUCAUUUGAAAGGAAGAGACUGGCUAUAUUUAGUACUGGGUAGGAUGUCAGUUCUGAAAAUAAACUGCUCCCAGAACUGAAUGUAAUCCUCUGUGGUGUUGUCACCUGCAGCAGGCUGGCCUCCCUUGUAGGGGAGUGUGGAACAUGGACACAUCAGCUAAUUCAGAUCUCCUGACAUUCACAAGGACUUGCCCCACUUUGUCUCUUUACCCCAUUCCUAAGUUUUAAAACUUCUGAUUAAUGUGGAGAAAAAGGUUCCAUAGCUGAAGACAGUGAAGUGUGUGCUGGUAUAUAUGUGGAGCACUGAAGUGUCCUGCUAAGUAAAUAUCAGAAUCGAAACAGCAUGUGGCCAGAUGUUUAGUAUAUCCUCAUCACCUCCAUAGUACACUUCUGGUGCGUGAAUGUGGACACAAGAGCCCAGCACGAAGUGUGGUAGGCUGUAUAAAAAGAUAUAUUUGAAGCACAUUAUAGGUUGUAACUUAGGGAGCUCACAUAGAGCAUGCAGACUGGCAAAGGUCAGGAUAUGUUAGAAAAAGACAGAGACUUAAGGCACAUUUAAACACACACACACACACACACACACACACACACACACACACACACAUACACCCCCCAUAUUGUUCUGGGAAAAUAUAGGUGAUUCUUUUCAUUGAAAUGGAAAAAAAUAGGAGAAAAUGGUAUUUUGAUGGAAGAAAAUAUAAUCAGAGAUCCAGAAUUCUAAUUUCCAAUUCUGUCUUCUAAUCACUCCCACUGUUACUCCUCUCUUAUCUAGACUGCUACAAUAGUCUCCUAGUUGUUCUCCCUGCUUUUACCCUAAGCCCCUCUCCCACAUAUGUAUCCAUAGGGAAGCCAGAGAGAUCCUUUUAAAAUCACAAGUCACAGAGUGUCAAUCCUCUGUACAAAAACCUACAAUAAUUUCUCAAAGUGCAAAAUCUUUAACAUGGUCUGCAAGACUCCACAUGCUCCAGCCCUCUGCUACCUCUCUGGCUUCAUCUGCAACUAGCAUCUCUUCCUCCUUCCACUCUAGGCAUGCUGAUCUCUUUGCUUUUCCUAAAACAUGCCAAGCAUAUUCUGACCUCAGGGAGUUGCAUUUACUGUUCCUUCAAUGUGGGAGAUGCUAUCUUCAUACAGCUGAAUGGCUUACUCUCUCACUUUGUUCAAGACUCAGCUCAGGAGUACCCUGGUGGCUCAGUGGGUUAAGGAUCCAGUGUUUUUCACUGCUGUGGCUCAGGUCACUGCUGUGUUGUGGGUUUGGUACCUAGUCCAGGAAGUACCACAUGCCAUGGGCGUGGCCAAAAAAAAAAGUGAAAAGAAAAUCCACAGAAUAAGAGGACAUAAAGAACUCUACAUCGCAAUAAAAAAAAUUACAAAAGGACUCAGCUCAAAUGUCACCCAAUGAAAGAGACUUUCCAUAACCACCAUAUGUAAAAUAGCAACUACUCUUACCCUCAAUUAAAGGAUAAAGGAAGAUGAUGGGUAGAGAUGUCUGAUAGGCUAUUAGAUAUGUGGGUCUAGAGUUCAGCUAGGAUCAGAGAUGUAGAUUUGGGAGUUUCCUUCACUCCAGGCAAAGGAUGGUCUAGAGGUAAGAGAAAGAAUGGUACAAUCAAGGACCAUGUGGGACUUUUUGAAAAUGCAGGUUCUCUGGGUCUCACCUAAGAUCUCUUGAAUAAGAAUCUCUGGAGUUGAGUUUUAGUUCUAUCUCUGAUUCAUAUCCAUUUCUAAGCUCAAAAACCCCUGUAUAAUAUUGCCUAAAUUACCAUUUAGAUAUUACAUGGACACUUAAAUGCAACAUACUCAUAUCUUUUUUAAUGUUCCUUCCAUAUCUCAGUAAAUGGUACAAAAAUCAUGCCACAUCUAAUAAAUCUCUAAGUCUUGUUUAUUCUACAUUCUACCUAUCAUCCAUUUUUCUUCAUCUGCACUGUCCCUACCUAGAUUCAGGCCACAAUCACCUUUCACCUGAUUUAGUGACAGAUUUUAUUGUAGCUUAUGUGUUUACAUGUCCAUUUACUCUACUAGACUCUGAGUAAUGAGAGGAUAAGGCCACUAAUUUCAAUAUUGAGAGUCUACAUAUGGCGUAUUGUGUCACAUGAAUAUCUCUGUCUUUCCCAUGAAGUAUAUUGCCUGACAUUAAGUAGGUGCUCAUUAUGUUGUUUUAUUGAAUUACACUGAAACUUACUAUGUUAUAGAAGAGAAAUGACAUGCCAAAGCCACACAGCAGGUUAGAAUACUGGACUUAGUCUAGUUUUCUUCCCAUAGGACUGCAUUGUCCCUCCCUCCUACCUUUCCAUUCUCUCCCAGGUUAUUUUUCUCUCUCUGACUUUUCUAUACCAUACCAUUCUCUCGUAAAUAUUGCUCAUAAUUAUUUUCUUUUCUACAGCUUCCAUUUGUCAGCUUCUGUGGAAAAGUAAAUAAUUAUGACCAUCCCUAUAGGAUUCUUGAUUAAGAAUCUCUAUUUGCUUGGUCGCUUGCUUGUUCUGGCAUCAUCACUGCUGAAUCAGGAUGAACAUAGGUCAACUUUUCAUCUGGCACUUCUACAGAGCUCCUCUUAACCUCAGUGGAGUAUAGACAGAGCUGGCUUCAUACAGGAACUUGCAAGCUCUCAAUGACUUUGGGCUGUAUUCUGGGACGAAGAGAAUGAGUAAAGACUUUCAGAAUUUGUUCAGUGUACAUGUUUUAUGCAGACAAAAUAAAAGAGAGAGUAGGUUAUAAGUAUAGGUGGAGAGAACGAUAUUUGAUUGGGUUUAUUGAUGAUUCUGAUAAUGAUUAUUUUAGACACUGUAUUGGACUAUCACAUAAAGUUGUUGUUUUUUUUAUAUGUAACGUAUUUCACUUGCUACAAUUUAGUAAAACCUAAAUAGGCUCCAUAUAUUCUAGGCAUAUGAAUAAACCACAUGGGUGGUACCUUCUACAGAAAAUUUCUGCUCUUAACUUUUUCAGCCUACGAGUGUAGGGGCCCUUCUUAGAAGAGUUUAUAAAACAUGUUGUUUUCACAUCUUUGUUCAUUCUGUUAUCUCUACUUGGAAUGGUUUUAUCAUUUUUUUAUCAAAUAUUUUCUGAGAAUCUACUCCAUGCCAGUUCAUCCUUUUGGCUUAUGCAUAUACUGUUCCCUCUGGCUGUGAUAUCCCUCUCAUCCUUCAAAUUUAUACUUAAAUAUUACCUUUUCUAGGAAGCAGUCCAUAAUCCCCUCAAUACUGGACAGGUAUAUUUCUUCUCUUCUCUGCUCCCUGCCAUAGGUCUUAUUAUCCUUUAUUGCAUUUGCCUAUUUGAUAGUUUUACUACUUGACAGCAGGGAUUCAUCUAUUAAUUAUAUAUUAAUACUGUAUAAUUAUUAUAUAUAACACAAUAUCUAUAUAUUAACAAUAUAAUUAAUUCAUUUAUUUUACAUAUUAAUUUAUUACUACACUCUGUGGGCCUAUAUUAAGGCAACAGUGAAAACAACUGAAAUUAUUCAACCUUCUCACCUCUUAGGAUAAUACCCAUAAAAAAUAAUAAUUAUGGUAAUGAUCCAUUCAUUAGUUCAACAAUGCCUACUAUGAGCCACUCACUAAGUGCUGGUGAUUCAACAAAUAAUUUCCUUCCCUCGUGGAAUUGACAUUCAGGUGGGUAGGAGAGAUGUCUUACUCUGUGCCAGACACUGUUCUAUGCAUUUCACAGGUUUUAAUCCAUUUAAUUCUCAUAACAGUCCUAUGAGUUAUAUUUACAAAUGAGAAACCAAGGCCCAGAACUAUUAGGUAACUUGGUCAAUUGCAGACCUGAGAUUUGACUCAGGCCAACUCACUCCAGAGCUUACACUCUUAACCAGUAUACCAGAGAACCCCCUCAUCUGCAAAUACCCGCCUUGCCUUUGAACAAUGCCUCCCUAACUCACAUUCUCUACACCUUUGCCUAGAAGUCACUCAUCCUAGGAAAAGUCUUGCAUGAUCACCUCUCUCCGCAAAAGACCAGUUUAGGUAUCUGUCCUCUUCUUUCUCACCCUUUAUUAUAGUUGCCGGUCUCCCAUUCUGGAUAGUAAUCUCUUUGAAGGUAGAUGUAACGUUUAUCAUAUUUGUCUUCACUGCAAUAUCCCAGCCAAGGGCCUGGUGCACUGGUCACACAAUUAAUGCCUAUUGAAUGAAUAAAUGACUCUUGGAAAUCUACAUGAAUAUUUUAUUUGUGCUUUCCGCUGCUGUGUUUCUAAAAUACUACUUAUGGUUUCAUGAUUUUUGACAGGAUAUCAGGAUAGUACAGUUAUAUACAGAAAUUGAUGUUGAGGCAUUAAAAAAUUCACUAUAUGAUACCUGGCAACGUAUUUUACAAACUUGUUAGAUUCAGUGUAUUUCAGGAACUAUGCUUUCUUAGCUCUUUAGUUAGUGCUUUGCUUUUCAGGAAAUACAUUUUGACAGAUUCAUUGAGUUGUACAAGAUCAUACAGCUAGCUAGUGACAGUGUUGGGCCUAGAAGUGAACACAGUUCUUCUAUUUCCCAGUCCCAUGCCUUUUUUCUUUUUAUAGAUACCUUACUGAGAUUAAUUCAGUUUGGAGAUACUGUCUCAGCACAGACCAACCCUUCUCUUUCUAAAAGGCAGUGAUUUUCAAAAAACAAAUAAGUAACCUUAAAGAACAUCAGAAGAAUCACCCUGCCCUCUAAAUGUUUUCCUUACUACUAUAUUUUAAAAAUUGGUAUCAAAAAAGAGUGAAACAUUCAACUUGUCUUAUGUUAGGACAUGUUGAGGACAGAGUGGAAUAUAGAGAGUUGGAGAAUGACUUGAUUGACAGGCAAAGAAUUUAGACUUAAUGCUCUAGGAAUUAGAAACAAGUUUUUGAACAAAGUAAUAAAGUAUGAAAAUAAGCCACAUUUAAGGAAGUUAUAUUUGGCACAUAUUUGUUCAGAUUUAAAGCUGGACUUACAAAAUAAAAGGAUUCACAUUGAAAUUAUCUCUUGCCUCUCCUAUGAGCUACAUUAAGGCGAGAGCAAUUUCUCAUAUCUACUGCUCUUCGAGCACUUACUAUAUGCCAUAUGAGAAAAUACAAGACCUUAUUCAAUCUAUAGGAAAUUGCACAAUCCUAUGAAGUAGGUACUAAUGUUACUUCCAUUUUAAAGAUGAAGAAAUAGGAUCCAGAGAGGUGAAUUGAGUUGCCCAAAGUCAGAUAGCUCAUAAAUUGAGGAGCAAAAAUUUGAACCGUGAUCUGUUUUACCUGAAUCUAGUUGCACAACUAUUUGCACAGUUGACAUGCAAUGAAUACCUGUUGAAUAAAUGGGUAAAUGAAUAUACCAGUAAAUCUAUCCUUUUCUGCAGAUGAACCUACAUAUCAGCUUUAAUGGCUUUCAUGAUCUCGAUAAACUCAAGUCAAUGUUAAAAGUAAGGAAGAGGUAGGUCUGAGCUACAAGAGAAGAACUUACAAAGCAAACUCUCUUGACUGGAAUUUCUGACUGGGUAGAGAGAUGGAUUUGGUUAGAAAUUAUACACACACACACACAUUUAUUGCAUGUGUAUGUUUCUGUGUGUGUAUACACAUGCACACACACACGUCAACAGAACAGUGUGGAGCACCUUUGACAUGCAUGUGCCAUGUGCAUGCAGACCCAUACAACAGUACAUGUUUUUAGCCUCAUGCUUUCUUUUGUUUUCUUAACCCUCCUGAGAGGGUGUAAAUAAGAAUGUCAAAACUAGAAGGGACUUUAGCAAUUACCUAAUCAGAUCCCCUCAUGUAAAUGUAGACACUGAGGGAAAGUAAACUGCAAAGGUCACAGAAGGAGUUAGAGUAAGAUUAAGAAUUUGAGUUUCCUGACUCCAAGGUUUGUUUUACUCUGAACUGUCACCGUUUAGCAUCUCAAUUUUAUAGAUGGGGUAACCAAAGUAUCCUAAGAAUGUUGAUGGUCAAGCUCCUGACACUUGUCCAUUGAAGCAGGACUUGAAAUCAGAUCUCUUUUACUUUAAAUAUGAGGCUUGUUUUCACUCACAUGCUUCUGUCUGGGUGCCCGGAAGGAAGACCCUUUCCAAUUGAAUUAAAUAGUGGACUGAAGAUAAUUUCCAGAAAGCUUUGUUCUUCACUUUAAGAGAAAAUGUCCAAAGUGACUUGAUUUUCAGAAGGCUGGCAGUCCCAAGGAGGCCCCGUGAAGGCAGGGGUUUUGUCUUCCUUAAUGAAUCCACAAUACCUUAUACGAAAGAAGGCACUCAAAACUAUUUGUUGAAUAUAUAACAUACUAAAUGCAGAAAGGGAAAGCAAUGGUUCCCCAGUGGAUGAUGGAUGGAUAAUCAUUAUUAGUGCUGAAAAAAUGAGAAUGAAUGUGGAAAAGAGGUGGGAGAAGCCCUUAAACAAAGGGGAAGCUCUGUCUCUUUAUCUGAUCGAAGCUGCAAUCACUCAGCAAGGGCUGAGUGGUUUUGGUAGAACUGCGAUUGGCAGAGAUAUUUAAAUGAGACCUCCUUAAAAUUGUUACUCUCCACCCCACCCCCAUUCCCCUUUAAAUUCUGUUUCAGUCAUUACCCGGGGACCGGAUACAGAGAUUCCUAUGGGGAGUUCUAAUGGGUCGAUUCAAUUUCAACGGGAUGACGCCACUUAGCCAAGCAUUAAGAGCUAUAGCUCCGGGAAAGCAAACGACAGGGCGCAAGAGAGGUAGACAGAGAGGGAGGGAGGUAGAGAAGGAGGGAGGGAGGGGGGGAGGGAGGGAGAGAGAUUAUAACAAGGAGCUAUAAAUCCUUUCCCUCCCAUUCUCCCCUAUAACCCAUUCACAAGACCUCUAGAAAACAUCUACAUUCACAAAACAGCUGGCUAGCUGAGCUGAACACACUGCAAUCUCAUCCCCCUUCCCUCCCCCCCAGCUCCGCCCCCUGCUCUCUGCAGAUUAUAUACCAACACACCCUAAGCUAUAUAAUCACACGCUAGCGGUAUCUAUUGCGCUGUUGAGAUACCCUGUGCCUACAACUGCAGUUUCUGCUGCUUCGGUUCAUCUGUCAGAUUGGAGGAGACAGAGGCGAAGGCAAAAGGGGAGGAGGGGGAGGAGACCGAGACAGAACUAUCUCUGUUUCUGGCUCCACUGCCAGUGAAGGAGUUUUCAUUCAGACUUUCCGAAGAGAGGUGGAGAAACCUAAAGACUCGGGAGAAGAAGAGGUCCUUUGAGCCAGAUGGGGCAUUAGUUCUUCUGCUUUGCUCAGCAUGGAUAAACCUUUUCUUGAAGGAUUUUCUGAUGUGCCCUAAGGUCCAUGUAACUACAAGGGCUCUUUAUCACCAUAAGUGCCACCCUGAUCCGAAACCACUCAGAACUCAAGCAUCGAGGCAACAUGGAUGCCGCAGUGGCAGAUGAUUGCCAACAAAUCCUGCCUAUUGAACAGCUGCGCUCUACUCAUGCUAGCAAUGAUUAUGUGGACCGUCCUCCAGUGCCCUGUAAACAGGCCCUCUCCAGCCCUUCCCUUAUUGUGCACACCCACAAAUCUGAUUGGUCCCUGGCUACUAUGCCUACUGCCCUCCCCCGCAGUCUCAGCCAGUGCCAUCAAUUGCAGCCCUUGCCUCAGCAUCUGAGCCAAUCUAGCAUUGCCAGCUCAAUGUCCCAUAGCACCACUGCCUCUGAUCAAAGGCUCUUGGCCAGCAUUACGCCCUCACCUUCAGGCCAGUCCAUCAUCCGAACGCAGCCUGGAACAGGAGCCCACCCAAAGGCUGAUGGUGCUCUGAAGGGAGAAGCUGAGCCAUCUGCAGAGCACCCCAGUGAGCACCUCUUCAUCUGCGAGGAGUGUGGGCGCUGCAAAUGUGUCCUCUGUACGGCAGCUCGCCCUCUCCCCUCCUGCUGGCUGUGCAACCAACGCUGCCUUUGCUCUGCUGAGAGCCUCCUUGAUUAUGGCACUUGUCUCUGCUGUGUUAAGGGCCUCUUCUACCACUGUUCCACUGAUGAUGAAGACAACUGCGCUGAUGAGCCCUGCUCCUGUGGGCCUGGCUCUUGCUUUGUCCGCUGGGCGGCGAUGAGCCUCAUCUCCCUCUUCUUACCCUGCCUGUGCUGCUACCUGCCUACCCGUGGAUGCCUCCAUCUGUGCCAGCAGGGCUAUGAUAGCCUCAGGCGACCAGGCUGCCGCUGUAAAAGGCACACCAACACUGUGUGCCGAAAAAUCUCUUCCGGUAGUGCACCCUUCCCCAAGGCCCAGGAAAAGUCUGUAUGACCGUCCCACGAAAUGGAUCCGGAGCUUUCUCCUUCUAGCCCCCAUCCCUGAAGCAUAGGCUUCACCUUUGAAGAAGCGGGGCGGGGAGUAAAGUAGCCAAAGUAAAGUUCGGGCCUCACCCAUUGUGUUCCUGCAGCGUCGGGGAAGGUCAGGUACACCUGCUGCAGGAUAUGCCUUGUUCUCUCUCACAGUAUCUGUCCUUUCCUCUUCGACCUUUUUACAUCCCUCCAUCUCAGCCCCUAUGGCUGUCAUGGCAAAUUCAGGUGAUAGAUAAGCAUGCGAUUUGGACACUGAGGACUGGCAGAGCCAGCAACGUGGAGGUUUAGGGGCUCCCCACGGCAGUGCCUCUCGGUGCAGGCUCUGAGCGUCACUCUGCUUUCCACAACGCCUCUGGAAGCUUUCUUCUUUUAGGUGGUUUUCGCAGGCGCAUGUGGAACAGCGUUCCAUAUUCCAGGGAAUCUGACCCCUGCUCUCCGUUUACUGCCCUUCUCUCCCCUCCUCUCCUCUUCUUUCAGUACUCUGCUCUGUACUUCUUCCCACUUCAUUCUCACCCCCUCUGCUUUAACUUUUGCUCCCUUUUCUUUCUCUCUCCUUCCCUCACCCUCGCGCAGACUCAUCCUUGGUCUGCCUGUAUUUCGAUCUUGUUUGCCUAUCUUUGCCUUCUACUACCUGUCCCGUCCCCUUUCUCUCCUUAACAUGUCAAAGAGCGCUGGUUUUCCAUGGGUGUUUCCUUUGACACCAAACUUUGCUAUGUUAUACUAUUUACUAAUUUGUAUUAAGGGAAAUGGGUUACUGUAAGGAACUGAUCACUAGCAAUAGUGUGUGUGCCCUCAUAACCACACGUACCAGUUUAUGAGCAUAUGAGGCAAACUUAUCUUACAUUUCCAGGUUUAAUUAGCGAAAUUUUAUUCCCUUUCCAAAAAAUCAACUUAGAAUACGGACAGAUUCCACUAGCAUGCUGAAUAGGAUAGUAAAUCAGGAUGCUCAUAACUUUGUAUGUCUGACCCAAGUGCCAAAGGCAGACGUGCUUUAUAGCAAAAUGAACAAAGCAAAGGAUAUUAGAGGUCUGUUCUCUCUUAGAAGCUAACUGCCCUGAGACUGCAUGGCUCAGGCCUUCAUAUUGGACAUAAAAAGUCAUAAAACUUUAGAGCUGGAAGGAAUCUUAACUAUCACUCUAGUUCAAUGCCCUUAUUUUACAGAUGGGAAAACUGAGGCCUGGAAAUAGAAAGGGUUUUGCCUAAGGCCACACACUGAGUUGAGAGAGUUAGGACGAGAAUACAGGCAUUCUGACUCCUAGUUCAAUAUUCUCUUCAUUGCACCACAUUAGGUCACGGAAAAUCUCUCCUAGGACGCUGUUAACAAUGACAGAAAGCCGUUCCCAUUCAAUAUUCAGGAUUCAUGCCAAGCUAGUGUGGUGGUCUUUAUGCGCGGGGCAUAGCGGGUAGCUAAUUAACCAUCAGAUGUCAAGGCUGCCCCCAGUGGACAUCACCUUUGGCUCUGUCACCUUGUAAAAGCUCAAGUAUGGAAAAGAAAAUUUUAAGGAAGCCCUAACCAAGCUGUAUCUUCGCCAUUGCACCUACCCUUUGCUGCACAUACUGUGCUUGCUCCUCGCUUUGUCGGCAAUGGCAGUUGCCUGAGAACUUAAAUUUCAGCAACAGUGGAGAACUGAGAUGCAAGAUGUAUAUUGCAGAGAAUGGACUUGUUAAAAUAUACCAAGAGCCUGUGCUGUGAAUCCCCUACAGUGGGAAAAGGACUGCUGCUAAAAGACACAAGAAUUAGAUACAGUUUCCCUCUGUAAGUGAAUCCAAAAUUCACUAAGGAAUUCAAAGAUCGAGGGCACUUGCUUGAAAUCAAGGUGCUCCAACUUAGUUUAAGACUUCCAGACUCUAACUUUAUAUAUCAUCAUCUCUUUUAAAGUGUGCAUGGAUAUGUAUUACAGGGUGGAGAGGUGGGGAGAAAUGUAUAGUCACACACAGGGGGAAGAAGAAUGGAGCAUUAUGUCCCUUUGUUGGAUAUAUACUGUAGAAAUAUGUGCCACUCGGUCUGUACUGGUUCUGAAUCUUCCUGAAGUGGACUGACAUUUGGGCUGCUUAGAGCCCCUCACCUUCACUUUCACCUCCUCUUCUAGAAUUGCUUUGCUCUAUUUUUGUAUAUAUAAAUAUGUUAUGAUGAUUAUUAACGAUGUUAAUGAUAUUGCUGCAAAUGGUGCCAUAUACAAGGUUUGGCUUCUUGGAACAUUUGUAAACCCAAACCAAUAUCUAUAAUCUCUUAUGUUGCUUUCAAGUCCUUUGAUUUUAAGUAACUUUUUUUUUUUUUAUCUUACAAGUCUGCCUGGAUGACCUAUGAACGUAUCCAACCCUAAAAGCUGUGCCUAGUUCUCUGGGUCAAGCUGGAUGGUGAUGAGUAGCAACACACACUUCUCCUAGCUUCUGCCUGAAAUUUGCUUAAAGCUGAGAUAUAUAAGGAUUCUAUGUCACUAGUGCAUUGUUCCUGGAGCUAAAGUUAUUCUAUGGAUGUUCGCUCAUUAGUUUCAGGGCCCCAAAUAACACACAUCCCUCCUCCUUGAUAGCUACUUGCUAUCUUGAUCCCGCAGUCCUUACUCAGGCAAAUUAUGCACUGCCAGAGGGGCCCUGGGCUCUGCCAUAUACCCAGUGGAGCUCUUCUCAGUGUAUUUUUCAAUGGCCUUACACUUGGUAGAAGAAACUGAAGGGUUACUCAGAUGCACUUGCAGUCUGCAAUCUGCUGCUGAGUCAGGGCUUUCACUUAUGUCCAAGUUGGCCUGAUAUGGACUGCAUCUGGUUUACGAAUAGAUGGGUCCUGUUGGGGUAUGCGCACAAACAUGUGAGUGAGUGUGCAUAUGCACCCCCUCUGUGAUAUAUAUAUAUAUAUAUAUAUAUAUAUAUAUAUAUAUUCACACAUCUCUAUAUAUUUUAAUGUAUUGCACAUGUAUAUUUAAAAUAUAUACGAAAGAAUU